GCAGCAGACAUGGUAGAGCCAACAGCACAUUCAUUUGCAUCACUAGAGGAGGAGCUGUGUUUCUGGAAACAGCAAGCCCAGAGACACCAGCAAAGGGCCGAGGAGGCUCAGGAGGAGCUGCAGGAAUUCCAGCAGAUGAGUCGCGAUUAUGAAGCAGAACUGGAAGCAGAGCUGAAGCAAUGUGAGGGUCGAAACAAAGAGCUGCUGCUGGACAACAACCGGCUCCGCAAUGACCUGGAAAACAUAAAGGAGAAAUUUGAGACCCAGCAUUCUGACGCUUUGAGGCACAUCUCGAUGCUGGAAGAAGAUCUGACGGGGACCAGAGCGGUGAGAGAUCACCUGCAGAAAUAUAUCAGGGAGUUGGAGCAGUCCAACGAUGACUUGGAGAGAACAAAAAGAGCUACCAUCAUGUCUCUGGAGGACUUUGAACAGAGGAUGAACCACGUCAUCGAGAGGAACGCCUUCCUGGAAAGUGAGCUGGACGAGAAGGAGAACCUGCUGGAGUCUGUUCAGAGGCUCAAGGACGAAGCGAGAGACCUUCGGCAGGAGCUGGCCGUGCGGCAGAAGGAGAGGCGGCCCUCCAGCAGUCUGGGCAAAGACACGGAGCGCUCCGACCUGCCCUGCUCCCCCCCGGUGAACCCAUCCAUCCCCAUCACUCCCUCCAAGCCUAUCAGCUCAUUCAUCAUGCCUCCCGCCCCCAGCAUCCGGCGAGGCGAUGGGCUCACAGGGACCCCUCUUACUACGUCUGCCAGAAUAUCUGCACUCAACAUUGUGGGAGAGCUUCUGAGAAAAGUUGGGAAUUUGGAGUCAAAGCUGGCGUCUUGUCGAGACUUCGUCUACGACACGGGCGUCAGCAGACCGGCUCUGCCGGCCGGCUCCGGCAGUCCUUCAUCCUUGGAAGUUUGUCCGGAGGUCCAGGCCAGCAGCUUGAGCCCUCCUCCUCAGUACGACAGUUUGGUGAAGCGGUUAGAGUUUGGACCUGCUCCUCCCAGAGGGAUUUCGCAGGGACCCCACUCUCCACAGGGAGGGGUCAAGAUCCUGCUGUAA